AUGUUUCGACAAAAACAGUUUAUUCAAACAUUUUGUUCAACAAUUAAAUUUUUUAAUCCUAAAUAUAAAGCAUUUCAAAGACAUUUUUCCACAGUUAAUAUUGACAAUAUUGACAGUAAUAAAACUCGUGACAAUAUUGACAAUAGUAAUAAAAUUAGUGAUCCACAGCCAGACAACCGCCCAGAAAAUCGCGUAGGAAACCACUCCAAAGAAUAUACAGAAAAGCUCCACCAUGAUAAAAAUACCAACGAAAUUCAUUCAAUUAAUGCAAAAUUAUUCAUAUCGAUGGUUAAAGAAGGUAGAGUAGAUGAGGCUGAACAAUUCCUUGGAGAAAAAGAACUCUUUCGUAAUUUCAACGAAGCAAUAGAAUUCAAGUAUUAUUUAAAUGGUUUAAGAUUACAAAUUGAAAAUUAUGUAAAGGCAGAUCAAAUAAUAUUAAAGUAUUUGAAGACUAAAGGGAUAAAACCACAAGAAAUAUCAAAUUAUAAUAAUUUAACAAUUGAAUAUUAUCUUGGAACUAAUAAUAUAGAAGAAAUUCAUAAAUUUUAUGAAAGUGAAACAAAUCUAUCACCAAGAAAUGGGUUAUAUAUAGUAGCAGCUUUUAAUAAAAAUCAUAAUUUAGAAAUGGUAAAACAAGUUUUGAACAAAUUUAAUUUUAAUGAAAUAGAAAUGGUAGAAUAUAAUAAUUUAAGAUAUUAUUUAAAUUCAAAAGAUUUUGAACAAUUAUUAGAAAUUCUUAGACAUCAUCCAAAUAAUGGAAUUUUUACAUCACAUGUAGUAAAUUUAUUUAGAAGAGGACAAAUUAAGUUAGUCAUGUUAUUAUAUAAUGAAAUUAUUUCUAAUGAAGAAAUAAAAGUCAAUGAAAAUUUUUAUGGAGUUUUCAUUACAGGAUUCUUAAAUAAAAAUUUAUUUACAGAAGCAAAUCAUAUUUGGGAAGUUAUGAAAAAAAGAGAAUUUAAACCAUCUAAUAAACUUUAUGGACAGAUGGUUCAUGGAUUUGCUAAAAAAAAGACAUAUUAUGAUGCAGAAGUUAUAUGGAAUAAUAUGAAAAAAGAUAAUAUUGAACCAGAUGAAUUAUCUUACGCAGCAAUGAUAGAAUCAUAUUUUCGAGCUAAAGAGAAUCAAAAAGCAUAUGAUUUAUUUAAACAAAUGAAUGAAGAUGGUAUUAUUAUUACAAAUAUUGUUUAUAAUAGAAUGAUUAAUGGAUUAUUACUUAAUAGAAAAGUAGAUGAAGCAAUGAAAUUAUAUAAAAUGAUGAUUAAAAAAGGAAUAAUACCUGAUAUAAUUACAUAUAAUACUUUAAUUCGUGGAUUAUUUAGUGCUCAAAAUUAUCAAUUGACUUGUGAUAUUUUAAAAGAUAUGAAAGAAUCCAAAGUUAUGCCAGAUGGUGCAACGUUAAAAAUAUUAUUGGAAAGAUUUUUUACUAAAAAUGAUAAAGGAGGAAUUCAAAAAAUUAUAAAUAUGUUUCCAGAAUUAAAAAUUAAACCAGAUGAAAAGACAUAUGGAAUUAUAAUUGAUGGUUUAAUAAAAAAUAAUGAUUUAGAAGAAGCACAUUAUGCAAUUGAAGAAAUGAAAAAUAGAGAUAUUAAAAAUAAUAUUCAAAUUAGUACAAGUUUAAUGCAAUUAAAUUUCAAAAAAAGAGAUUUUAAAUCUGUUCAAAAUCUUCAUAAUGAAAUUAUUGAUUCCGGUCAAAAACCUACAACAGGAUAUUUUAAUGUUUUAAUAGGAGGAUUUAUUAAUGGAGGAUAUGAACCUGAAGCAAUAAAUUAUUAUAAAGAAAUGUUAUCAUUUAAUAUUCACGCAAAUGAAACAACGUAUAGGACAUUAAUAAAUGGAUAUAUAAAGAUGGAUAAUUUAGAUAAAGCAAAUGAGAUAGUUAAAGAAAUGAAUAAAGUAAAUUAUAUACCAACAACUCCAGAAUUAAAAAAAUUAAUUGAAACAUUAGAAAAAAUGAGAAAAAAAACUAAAAACAAUUUACAAUUAGAGUAG